ACAUUGAUAGCAGACAACAACAAAUCAUUAGUCAUUAACAUUUCUGUUUUUUUAAUCUGUGUUGAUAUCAUUUAUCGUAUCAACUAUUGUCGCUAGGAUGUUCUCCCAUCUGUCUGGGGGCCGUGCUAAUAUACAGCUUCUGCAAGAAGCGGCCGUUCGGGAGCUGGUUGAAAUUUUGGACCGUUGCGAAGGAACUAAAGCGAUUAUAUGGGACGAAUCACUAGGUGGUCCGGUGGGUUUGGUAGCCCGAUACACUUUCCUGAAAGAACAUCAUGUCACUAAGAUGUACCCAUUGCGGCCAGAGCCGUGGGUUGAUAUUGAUGUGAAAAAUAUUAUCUUCAUUACACGGCCCAACCAAACGCUGAUGGAUUAUAUCGCGAACAAUAUUCACGAGGAGGAACAGAACAAGAAAAUAUCUAGAAAGGAGUUCUAUCUGUAUUUUCUGCCGAAAAGAUCUUUUCUAUGCGAAAAACGCCUCCAAGUCAAAGGAGUUCAUGGUAGUCUGGCAUUUAUAGGAGAGUUCAAAUGUAACUUUUUUCCAUUUGAUAACGAUCUGGUAUCGAUGGAAUUAAAGGAUGCAUACAGGGAUCUCUACUUGGAAGGGGAUACCACAAGUCUUCAUCAGUCUGCAUGUUCUUUGAUAGCACUGCAGAAGUUGUACGGUCGUAUUCCAAAAGUUUACGGAAAAGGAAGCUGUGCUCAGAGAGUCUGGGAGCUAACGAAAACAAUGGUCGAUGAAGAGGAAACUGUGUUACACAGCGACAAGGGUGUAAUCGAUCAAAUGAUCAUCCUGGACCGAUCGGUUGACCUAAUGAGUGUGCUUGCUACUCAACUGACCUACGAAGGUCUUAUCGAUGAGGUAUUUGGAAUAAAUAACACAACGGUAAAUCUUCCUGCUGAUAAGUUCAGCUCAGGGGAACGAUUCAAUAUCGAGCGGAAUACCGAAAAAAGUCAAUUCAUUUUAAACUCAAAGGAACAAUUGUAUGCAGAAUUACGAGACAAGAACUUCAAUGCAGUUGGUGCUGUUCUCUCGAGAUUAGCAAAAUCCAUACGAUCCAGAGCAAAUGAAAAUCACGGUGAAAAAUCAAUUCAGGAGUUAAAAAAGUUUGUGGAAAGUCUUCCACAUAUCAAAGCAAACGAACAAUCACUAGCAACGCAUACCAAAAUUGCCGAACUUAUCAAGGAAGUCAUUUCUUCAGAUAGCUUCCUAGACGAGCUUGGUUGUGAGCAGGAGUUCAUUCUGUGCUCAGAAAUAGAUAAACCGAAUACGUUCAUUGAAGAUUUAAUGGCAAAGCAAGCGCCUCUCCGAAAUGUCCUUCGGCUCAUGUGUAUGCAAUCAAUUGCAGGUUCGGGACUAAAACCCAAAGUGCUAGAUUACUACAAACGCGAACUGGUGCAAGUGUAUGGUAUUCAAACACUACUCACCAUCGGCAAUCUUGAGAAAGCUGGACUUCUCAAGCCUCAAACAGGAAACCGCACAUAUGCCGUACUCCGAAAAACAUUGAAUCUAACUGCAGAAACCCCCGAGGAAGUAUCUCCGAAAGAUAUUACCUACGUGCACAGCAUUUACGCUCCCUUAUCGGUGCGUAUUAUUGAGCAACAUCUCAAACCAAACGGGUGGCAAUCCCUGAACGAUGUCCUUUCCAGUUUGCCAGGACCAACUUUCGAAGAUUUCCAACCAGCGAUGGCACUCAAUAGUCGACGUGGCUCAUUCACGUCCGAGAUUUCUCAGUCUGACAUUCCUCGAGUGAUUGUGGUGUUCUUCGUCGGUGGCUGCACGUUCGCCGAAAUCUCCGCCCUGCGAUUCCUCGCCCAACAGGAUGAAAACAAUGUAGAGUUUGUGGUGUGCACCACGAAGCUGAUAAACAAGAACAGCUUUUUGGAUACAUUCAUCGAAAAAUCAAAAUAGGGAAUCCAAUGUAUAUCUAGUGUGCGUUAUAUAUACAGGAAUUGAAUACAUUUUCCGAUGACAAA